GCGGCCGACGUAAGCAGGAUAGCACUUCGCCUUUGCAUUGCUCCAUUCUUGCAAGCAAUCAACCCCCGGAACUGUAUCUCAUUCUCAUUCGCUAUAAUGGAUGACAAAAAGAAACUGCUCCAGGCGCAACAGCUCAGACAGUUUGCAUUUUUUGGCAUCACUGUGGCAACAAUUGCUGCCCUAACAUCGAUUCUAGCAGUGCCAAUGUUGUGCGUCCACAUGCAGAAUAUUCAGUCUGGUCUCCAAGAAGAGAUGAAAUACUGCCGUUUCAAGAACGACGAAAUGCGAAGUGAGGUCCGAAAGCUUGAAACGGCUCGCAUAAAACGCCAUGUUGCCAGCUCAUGCUGCUCAUGUGGUAUAGGACCCAUGGGGCCAAUGGGUCCACCGGGAGCGGAAGGCGAACCAGGAGAAGAUGGCCAUCCUGGUAGGCCUGGAACUCCUGGACCAAAUGCCGAAGAGAACACUGCAGUUCCAACAGCAGACGACUUCUGCUUCAUUUGCGAGCCGGCACCUGCAGGAGUGCCGGGUAUGCCCGGAUUCAAAGGACCUGCUGGCCAACCUGGUGGUCUCGGAGAGCCUGGAAUGACAGGAAUGCCAGGCCCUAAAGGACCACCUGGUCCUAGAGGAUUGCCUGGAAGAGAUGGUGAACUAGGCGCACCUGGUCUACCGGGACAACCCGGACAAGUGCGAGCACUACAGUCGCCAAACGGCGAGCCAGGACCAAUGGGACCACCUGGCCCUCAAGGGCCGAAUGGAGCACCAGGCAGUGCUGGACAACCUGGACAACCCGGACAGCAGGGUCAGGAGGGUGAUCCUGGUAUGGAUGGAAUAAAUGGAGCGGAUGGCGAACCUGGCGCCCCUGGACAACCAGGGAACGAUGGAUCCAGAGGAUCUUGCGAUCACUGUCCUCCUCCUCGCACUCCACCUGGAUACUGA